GAAAAGUUGCAAAAGAACCGAUAUAGAAAUAUUAUCGACGUCCUCAAUGAUUUGCAUUUGGUAUUCGCUAAUGCCCUACAUUACAAUGAGGCCUCUUCCCAAAUUGCAAAGGAUGCCGCUGUUCUCAAGUCACUGUUCGAGCAGCUUUGGAAGGACGAUCCAUACCUUCCCAAUGCCCAACCGACCAAACAACCAGGUCGCAAGCCAGGAUUCCGUGCCGCUCCUCUCCCCCGAAUGUCCUCAUUUGCAACACCGAUGAGGCACAGUGGCGGCUUUCAGCCUUCCUAUUCGACGGCAAUGGCAACUGUCCAGGUCAAGCCAAUUGGUAAACCACCGGCUCCGAUUGUCGCUCCCCGGCUACAACCGCUUAAAAAAGGAAAAAGGAAAAGGACUCAGAAGCAAGGAGAUUUACCCAGCACGAGCGACUCUCGUCUUAUCAGUCGACCCCGCCGUCCCGGAUCUCCGGCGUUCUCAGAGAUCAAUUUCAAUUCCAAUCUCGAAGUUGAAGACGAUGAUUCUGAAGUACCACAAACUCACAUUGCUAACGAGGCGGAAACGGACGUCAUUGUCCAGCGAUUGGACACAACACUACCAAAAUGGGAGCCCUGGCAACAGACUGCAGAAAAUACUGUGAUAUUGAACUCGGGUUGGAUGACUGAACUACAUGGAGGAGCACUUCAGGCUAAACUGGAAGAAUUCGUGUCUCGAAUGAAAUCAUUUUUAAAUGCCUCCCA